AUGGAGGCCACGGGCAGUCAUCCGUGCUUGUACCGCAACAAGGUCUGCCUCUUGCCUCGCGCCAUAAAGAAGAACGGCCAGCUCCACAGCCUCUGCGAGUUCCACCGCGUCAAAGCGAAUCUGAACCAGCGCCGCCUGGAGAAGAAGAAAAAGUCGACGAGCCGCUUGCCCGAGACCAACCGAUCGGGCUGUAAAGAGCUCUGGGUCGACCCCGUCGCCUCGAGCGAAGACGACGAUUACGACGACGAGAAUGCCGACGACACGCAGAACGCCGACCACGUCAUUUGGGCCGAGCCCAUCAAGCUGCCCGUGCCCUAGUCCUAGUCCGGGUCUACCUUUAAAUCUAUUUAAUAACCCGUCGUCCAAGAUCGGCGUUCCUACGUCGUGGACGGACUCUCGCUGCGUCGUUGGCUUCAUGGA